GAUAAUUACUGUGACGGCGCGCCGAUAAUUACUGUAUUAAAUAAUAAUUAUCUAGCAUAGUUGAUUUCACGUAGUUAAAUUGUUUGUUUUGAUUGUCAGUGUCAAACCCUUGUGUUGCUAUUUUUAAAAUGUUACAAGCAAUGUUUUGGUUGAAAAAUGUCAAAGUAUUAUGUUGUGUUGCCAGUAAUGAAAAUAUUGUGAAGUAAGGUUGUCACAUUAAAAAAAUAAGAGCGGGUAGUCCCGAAUAGGGUGGUCGGUUGGCCUGAUUGUGACAGCUGACAUUCGACAUUCGACUGUCGGUUGUGCACAGAGGCGCACGCGUACUAACCUAUUGGCUCUUAAUCUGUUUGAAUCUUGAUUGUUACGCAAAAUUGUGAAGUGAAGUAAAAUUUAAUAAACUAUCUGAUUGUCGUUUGAGAAAAUAGUGAGUUUAUUUCGGUGUUCCCAUCUCUACUAAAUCACCGCUAUGUCUGAUAACGGAGAUCAUACCGCCGAGCCUUCCGACGUUCCGUUAUCAGAAGUGGGAUUACUCCGUGCAUCUCAGGAGCAGCAUGCAGCCCACUCAGGUCAGAUUGAACAACCUUCUUUAGAAAAAGAGUGCGACCGUUGGAAAACACUGUUUGAAUUGCAGCAACGAAGUUUGACAGAUUUGAUACGGGCAAUUCAAGAACCUCGGCUAUCUGUAUCAAAAAUAGCUUUACCCGAAUUUAAUCCUGACCUUCAGGAUAGCGAUGCUCGUGCUUGGUGCGAAACAGUUGACCUAUGCUUGCAAGAAAAACCACUUUCUGGUGGAGACCUGAUAAUAACCAUGAGUAAAGCGCUCAAAGGAACUGCAGCAUCAUGGCUAGCACAAUCUAGUUAUCCUGGAAUAACAUGGGCCCAAUUAAAGGAUCUAUUUUUAGCUAGAUUCGAUUUCGUUGAAACUCCUGCAGCAAACUUAUGGCGAUUGUUUAAUGGAAAUCCAAAGGAAGGUGAAUGCUUAUCCUCUUAUGCCAGCCGAUUUAUGAGUGCAAUAAUGGCAAGAUGGAAAUCAUUGUCAACGGAACAAAUUGCCAUUGCUGUUACACUAGCACACGCUGCAAAAAUCGAACCAAGAUUGCAGAGAUUGGCUUUUACAACGGAAAUAGACAACCGUAUAAAAUUGCAACAAGAACUUAUGGCAUUUACGUUUAGAAAAAGAGGACCUCCAGCUCAAGAGAAGGCGACAUUAGCUGUAGAAGCAAAGAAGCCGCGUCCCGAGAACUCUCGUAGGUGUUACAAUUGCAACAAGUUCGGACACGUGGCUACUGAAUGUCGAUGGAAUGGUAAUCGUGAUGACACUAAAGCACGAACCGAAACUUCAAGCAACUCUGUAACUCAUGCUUCAAAGGAAGGCAGUGCACCGAAGAAGACUAUCACUCCAACCUGCUUCAACUGCGGCGAACAGGGCCAUAUCGCAACGCGGUGCCCCGGCAAGGAGGCGAAAUCCAACGAGACUAGAGUUGAACGUCGUGUGGAUAUCUGCACCAUCAAACCAGCUACUGAUCAUCUUUCGGACGAAACCGAUGAUUCAGAUGAGCGAAAUGACUCCACACACGAGGACGUGUGAAUAUGCAGGACGGCCGUGACGGCGCGCCGAUAAUUACUGUGACGGCGCGCCGAUAAUUACUGUAUUAAAUAAUAAUUAUCUAGCAUAGUUGAUUUCACGUAGUUAAAUUGUUUGUUUUGAUUGUCAGUGUCAAACCCUUGUGUUGCUAUUUUUAAAAUGUUACAAGCAAUGUUUUGGUUGAAAAAUGUCAAAGUAUUAUGUUGUGUUGCCAGUAAUGAAAAUAUUGUGAAGUAAGGUUGUCACAUUAAAAAAAUAAGAGCGGGUAGUCCCGAAUAGGGUGGUCGGUUGGCCUGAUUGUGACAGCUGACAUUCGACAUUCGACUGUCGGUUGUGCACAGAGGCGCACGCGUACUAACCUAUUGGCUCUUAAUCUGUUUGAAUCUUGAUUGUUACGCAAAAUUGUGAAGUGAAGUAAAAUUUAAUAAACUAUCUGAUUGUCGUUUGAGAAAAUAGUGAGUUUAUUUCGGUGUUCCCAUCUCUACUAAAUCACCGCUAUGUCUGAUAACGGAGAUCAUACCGCCGAGCCUUCCGACGUU